AUCGCCAGUCUGGUGACAGCUCUGUCCCUCUUUGAAAAAAAAAUACUCCCUCCGUCUUCUUGACUUGUAGCCGUCUGGGUCGUCUCCUAUGUCCUUGUCGCAUUCCUGAGAGUUGCUACCACCGGCGCUAGGGGGGAAGAGGCUGCCGGAAGAUCCGCCAUGAGCAGCGAUCAGCAGAACGAUGCUCCUGGAAGCUACUUCGUAGGCCGUCCAACCAACCCGGGCGACAAGACGGAAGAACCGCACGCCCGCGGGGACCAGAACCCGGCGACCGCGCAAACUCCCGGCGAGUACUUCGUUGGGCGUCCGGCGAGCCAUCCCCAGCAGGAACAGGAAGCAGCACAGCAGCAAACCACUAGGCAGAGCACACCAAGCUUCUUGGCCAAAUGCUGUCCCUGCCUCGCCGGAGGUGGAGCUGCGGAAUAGAUCAAGAACUGCCUCCUGCAGCCCUGCUAAGGGCACCCAACGAAUUGUGCGCAUGAGAAAUGGAGUUAAUCUGGGAUGGUGAUCUAUCUUUCUGUAUCUGAAUUGAAACUUGUGCUCUGGAAACUCCUCUUUUUUUUUUUUCCUCAGUGUUCCACUUUUAAUCGUUUCUUCUGCAUCCUUGUGCAUCCAUACCACUGUCGCGUAGUGCGAAUUGGUCCAACCAGCUGAUUUUUGUUUGUUUGCCCCCACCCCCAAAAAAACGAUAUGUUUCAUUUCAAAAAU